GCAGGAAGUUAUUUUGAGUGUCUUGCCUGUCACAGCUGUUGUUUUAAGUCACCAGGUCUUUUGGACCCUCGUCACUUCUCUCUUUCUCCCUGCUGGACCUGCCAAAUCUGUGAGUAUGGAGACCAACGUCCAGUCUGCCGCAGAGGUCGUUUCAGCUCAGGCUAGAGUGACUGCAUCUCCAUCUCCAGUCCCUACAGAGAGUGUCCAACCUCUGGCCCAGGAGGCCCACGACAUGGACCCCAUGGAGGAGUUUGGUCGUCAGCUGGAGGAGAUCAUCAACACGUACGGUUCCGCAGCCAGCCUGAUCGAGAAUCAGUGCAUAAUCCUGGAAACGGAGGAGGAGAAGGUGGACGAGGAGGCAAGGGGGGAGCAAGAUGAUGAAGUCACAGUCGCCAAAGAUGCCAACACAGCCAAGGAUGCAAAGAAAUUGAUGAAAGGCUUAGGAAAGGAGGGCAUGCUGCUACUACAAAGUUUGAACAAGCUGCCUUCUCCAGAGGACAAACUGGAUGCUCUUCUCAAGAAGUAUGCAGAAAUGCUGGAGGAGCGGCGGGGGGAACAGAAGCAGCUGAGGUCCCUGCACAAGAAACAGGGCCAUCUGGUAAAAGAAAGGGACCAGUUACAGUAUGAGCACAGCAGGGCCAUCCUGGCCCGCAGCAAACUGGAAGGCCUUUGCAGGGAGCUCCAGAGGCACAACAAGACCCUGAAGGAGGAGACACUUGUGCGCUGUCGCGAGGACGAGGAGAAGCGCAGGGAGAUCACCACUCACUUCCAGAGCACACUGACAGACAUCCAGGCUCAGAUAGAGCAGCAUAGUAACCGGAACAACAAGCUGUGUUCGGAGAACACCAACCUGGCAGACAAACUCAAACACAUCAUCAGUCAGUACGAGCAGAGAGAGGAGAGCUUGGAGAAGAUCUUCAAGCACAGAGACCUGCAGCAAAAGCUGAUCGAGGCUAAACUGGAGCAAGCUAACGCCCAGCUGCAGGAGGCCGAGGAGAAGCACAAACGUGAAAAGGAAUACCUGCUUAGGGAGGCAAUUGACAAAACAAAGAAAUGCUACACAUUGAAGGAGCAAGAGUUGCAGUUGAAGAAAAAGCUUGUUCUGUACUCCCAGAAGUUUGAUGAGUUCCAGACAACAUUGUCUAAAAGUAACGAUGUGUAUGCCAGCUUCAAAAAUGAAAUGGAGAAGAUGACAAAGAAGAUGAAAAAACUAGACAAAGAGUCCAAUGUUUGGAAGACUAGAUUUGAGAGCACUAACAAGACUCUCUCUGAGAUGAUUGAAGAGAGGACUCGGAAGGAGAAUGAGUAUGAGAUGUUCGUGGUGAAGAUUGACAAGCUGGAGAGGCUCUGCCGAGCCCUCCAGGAUGAGAGGAAGAUCCUGUACUCAAAGAUCAAAGGCAUCCGUCAAACCCCUAACACUCCAGAGGAGGAGACACCUAAGGACGAGUCCCAGGAAGGGAUCAUUGAACCAGUCCAUAGCCUAAUGGAUAUUGUUGAGGUUCCAGAGAUGACAGAAGAGAUGGCCCGUCUGAGAGCUGAGCAGAACAGGCUGGCAGAGUUUGCCGCCUCCAUAAAGGAAACAUCCGCAGGAGAUGAUGAUGAUGAUGAUGACGACGAUUCUGACAGUGAGGAAGAGCCAGAGUUUACAGAACACGCCGAGGUCCAGGUGAUCCCUAAACCAACACUUGUCCUAGCACAGGUAGAGGUAGAGACACCUGUACAGAAAGAUGAACCAGCAAUGACACAUGGAGAAGAACCAAUGCAGGUAGAAGCACAAGUACAGGUGGAAGCACCAGCACAGGCAUCAGUACAAAUAGAAACUCCUGGACAGGCUUCAGCACAGGAAGAAACAUCAGUACAAGUAGAAGCACCAGCACAGGCUUCAGUACAAAUAGAAACUCCAGGACAGGCUUCAGCACAGGAAGAAACAUCAGUACUGGUGGAAGCACCGAAACAAGCUUCGGCACAAGUGGAAGAACCAACACAGGCUUCAGCACAGGUAGAAACACCCGUACAUGUAGAAGCCCCAGGACCAGCAGAGAUGGCUUCAGCAGUCCAUCCAGAGACCCCAAAACAUCCAGAGCACCCGACGAAGAAGCACACACCAAAGAAGAAGAAUGCAAAGAAGACCAGCUGAACUGACGGAUGUGUGAUUGUGUGAGCCUCAUUUUAUGGCUAAGUUGAGAUAUUUGAUCUUGUUUGUUAUGCCUAUAUAUUGGUGUAGCUAAUACAUACAUAGUGGCUUGCAGCAGAACUAUGGUAAAGUUUCAAAUUAGGACAAAAAGAGAUUUACUGUGUUUUGUUGAAGAGUAAUUGAAAUACUUUGUCAUAACCAAAGAAAAGGUGGCAAGGUUAUUUAGGACAUUGCAUCCAGGAAACUUCCAGGGCCAAAUGUGGCCUUACGCAAACAGCCACUGUAUUUUUUUUUUGACUUAACUCCUAUUAACUUAAUUUCAAUAAAUCAUUGUAAAGCAUA